UGCCAGAGAAGAGCAUUGGAUUGUGGGUACACGCUUCCUGGGAGACUCUUGAUAGAUAGUCAGCUGUUGUAGGAAAGUUUUGACAUAGUUUUAAAACGUCCUGUAAGUACAGUGUUUAUUAGAUGUCGUACCUCAUUGGAACCACAUUUCCUGCAUGCGCGUUAUAUACGUCAACGACUAACGUUACCAUCCUGUAAAUCCAUCCGGGUAAUAACUAUAUAUUUAUACAAAAAGUAACUGGUAACUUUGAGAGGGAGAAAACUAUAGGAAUGAGUUUAAACGAGCACUCCAUGCAGGCUCUGUCAUGGAGAAAACUGUACUUGAGUCGAGCCAAGUUAAAAGCCACGAGUCGCACUUCAGCUCUGUUGUCGGGAUUCGCGAUGGUUGCCAUGGUGGAAGUACAGCUGGAGCGGGAUUACAAGUAUCCUCCAGGGCUGCUGAUAGCCUUCAGUGCCUGUACCACAGUCCUGGUUGCGGUACACCUCUUUGCCCUCAUGGUCAGCACCUGCAUCCUCCCUAAUCUUGAGGCUGUCAGCAAUGUUCACAACCUCAACUCUGUCAACGAGUCUCCCCAUGAGCGUAUGCACCGCCACAUAGAACUGGCCUGGGCUUUCUCCACAGUCAUCGGCACCCUCCUCUUCCUGACCGAGGUGAUGCUCCUGUGCUGGGUGAAGUUCUUACCCCUCAGAAGCGCCACCGCAGAAAACAACGGUACCAUAAGUUCCGGUGAGGCCGCAGCCAUCGCUUCCACCUGCAUCAUGGUGCCGUUCGGACUCGUUUUUAUCGUGUUUGCUGUCCACUUCUACCGCACACUCGUCAGUCACAAAACGGACCGACAGAAACGAGAGCUGGAGCAGGUCAUUCGGCUCCAGAACCAGCUGGACCACAGGGCCGAGAAUGACGACCUGAAGGCCGGUGUCCAUUACCCUUGAUUAUAGCUAGUUAGCACACAGCAGCAGUGGCCAUUCAACGGUGCUUCAGUUCUGAAAUCUUUUGUAAAAGCUUUAUUUAAUAUGUUUAUGAACUGUGCUCAGAUGCUUUUUUUUUCUUUUUCUUAAUUGUAAGCUUCAUCUGGCGAGGGAUGCUGGUUUUGACAGUCCACUUUUGGAUAAUGCAUGUGCAUAAGCUUCUACACAUUAUAUAUUAGAAAAAAAUAGUUUUACCUUUUAAGUUGAAGGUAAAUAUUUUGCUCUGAGGCACUAAGAUUUCAGUGGCUUUUAUAUUAUUGACAUAUCAUAUAUUGUGAUGUUGCGUAGUUUAGGGAUAAAGCCACUUAAGGUCUUCACACAUGUAUUGUUUAUUGUCUCAACAUGUAGGUGCACUUUCUUGUUUGAAAAUGACUCAAGAAGGCCAAAAUGUUUUUUCAUGCUUUAAAUCAGACUUUGUAGGGAGCAUUACCAAGCCUUUAACAUCAGUACAGAUGUUUAUAUGCAAGGUGUGAAUUGUCUGUCUGAAGUAUCACUGUCUGCAUGCCUUAAAACCAAAAUUAUGGAUUGCAUCCUUUUAAAAGGCUUUGGUGCUUAUAAUUUCAGUUACCAAUUGUUUUAAGUUGUGUAAAAUGUUUGCUGCUGUCGUUAGAUUUUCAGUUUUCUGAACAAUUUACAUUUUGCCUGUUUGCAUUAUCCUAUUUUUUGAGGAGCUCCAAAUAUAAUGGAGCAUAGGAAAAUUAAGAUUUGUUUAGAUCAUAAACAAAACAACCAGUAUAUUUCAAUGUUAACAACAGUAUUCAUGGAGAGCCUGAGGCAAAAUAAAUAAAUGCUAGUCAGGGAGUGCUUUGAACCAAAGUGUGUAUUGCAGUGCAUAUAUUUGUUAUUGUAAGGGAGAAUCAAAAUGAGAUAUUAGAGGCAGCUUUUUGGAGCUUGCUCAAUGUCACAUUGCUGUUGAAUGUAUUAUUACAAAGCAUGCGCAUAUUGGAAAUGUGGCGUUUGGGUUUGUAUGUUUUGCACAAGCUUGUUCACACAUUGUUAGGUUGUGGAAUUAUGGGACUUGUUUGUUUGGCCUAUAGCCCAUUGUUGAAUAGUUUUUCUUGGGUGUGACCAUUUUCUUUAGUUUUGUCUUCACUGUAACAACUCGGUCUGAGCUCAAAUUAGGGAACGUGCAGAGUUAUUUUCUGGUUUCAUGACAAAAUGUUCAUAUCAGUAUACCAUAUCCCAUAAUAGUCUUGUAAAUAUGGUUAAUUAAUCACAACAUGAUAUUUGAAAGAUCUGAGAAUAUCUACAUUUUAUGAAUGGUGAUGAAAUUUGCAUUUUUAUCAUUUGAUUUUGAAUUAUAUAGCUGAAUACUGUAACAUAUUGUAUUUAUAUCAAGGUAAUGCUGUGGUCACUAUUGCAAUAUCAGUGUUGUCUGCAUUAUAGGACACAAGCUCCCAAUAUUUCCAUUCAGAUUGUCCAGAUGAGAUGAUAAUAUGUCUGAGACACAAGGAGCCAGAAGACUGUAGUAAAAUGGUCAUUAUGCUUCUCCAAAGAACUGUUGAGGGUGUUUGUUUAAGUGUGUUUUUACAAGGAAUGAAAUAAAGACAGGUUAAUUCAGGGGCCUUUACACACACUCUGGGACACUUGCCACUUGUGCCUUCUUUGGAAACAGAUUAAUGCAAACAAAGGCAUGUCUCUUCAGUUCUUUAUUUAUUUAACCCAGUGUUUGUUACUGUACAUAGAGACGAUCCACUGCUUGUGUCAAUGCAGAGUUUUAAAGUGAAUGUUCAGUAAAUACGAUAUUGUAAGUUUUGCUUGUGUGUGGUUUUAGCAGCUCUUGAAGCUGCAGCUUUUUAACCUGUUGAGUCACCAGGACUAAUUAUUUUUUGUUUUUUGUUGUUAAAUAGAUAAAUAAAACACAUCUGCGAUGA